AGAAAAAAAAAACUUUCUACAAUGAGUGUUUUAUCGAAAUAUGUUGACCGGAUUGCAGAAAAAUUUGAACAUAAUGGGUUUACAAAAAACGUUUUUAGCUAUGCUAUUGUAACUAGUGCUAUACUAGCACUUACCAUUAAGGUUACCAUUCCUUACGUUAAAAACGUGCACACUACGUCUAGUGUAGGGGCCCAAAAAGGAAAAACUAAUGGCAAACUUUCACCAACGAAAAGAGAUAGCGCUGAAGAGGAUUUCCAGCUUGCAGAGGCCGAAAAGUUAUUGGUUGCCCAGCAGCUUAAAAAAAAAACUACAAAUAAUUUUGUUGAGCCUGGACUAAAUAAGGAGUUUUUAAAACAUUUAAAAAUGUUGGCAAAAAUAAUGAUUCCCCAGGCCAUCUGCUAUGAAACAGGAUUACUAAGCAUUCAUACUUUUUGCUUAAUUUCUCGAACGUUUCUUAGUAUUUAUGUUGCCGCAUUGGAGGGUGCUCUUGUUAAAUUUAUAGUUCGAAAAGAUAUUAAGCAAUUUGCCCUAGUGUUGCUCAAAUGGUUCGGAAUUGCUAUUCCUGCUACGUUUGUUAAUUCCAUGAUACGGUUUCUCGAAAGUAAACUGUCUCUGGCGUUCCGAACUCGGCUUGUGCGUCACUCAUAUCGGCUCUAUUUUAAAAACCAAAACUACUACAGAGUAUCAAAUUUGGAUGGACGCAUUGAAAACGCGGAUCACAGACUUACGGAAGAUAUUUCUGUGUUCGCAAGUUCUAUAGCUCAUUUGUAUAGUAGCCUGACUAAACCAUGCUUCGAUCUGAUGCUAAUUGGCUUGGCACUAAUGAGGUCGUCUAGAAAAAUGAAAGCUAACAUAAUAACUGGACCAGCUUUAUCAAUCGGUGUUAUUGCCCUAACAGCCCAUAUAUUAAGAAUAGUUUCACCGAAGUUUGGACAGCUGGUAUCGGAAGAGGCAAAUAGAUAUGGGUAUCUAAGACACAUACAUUCGCGCAUAAUAACAAAUGCGGAAGAAAUUGCCUUUUACGGAGGUCAUAAGGUGGAGAUGCAGCAGCUUCGGCAGGCAUACAACCGCCUUGUAAAUCAAAUGACUACAAUUUUUAACCAAAAACUUUGGUUUAUAAUGCUUGAACAAUUUUUUAUGAAAUAUGUUUGGUCGGGUACUGGAAUGAUUAUGGUAUCACUUCCGAUUUUGACAGGAAGUGACGUAGGACUUGAAACCGUUCGCAACACGGUCAUUACGGAAUCGCGAGUUAGCGAACGCACUCAAUAUUUAACAACUGCCAGAAAUUUACUAAUUUCCGCAGCAGAUGCUAUUGAGCGAUUAAUGUCCUCUUACAAAGAAAUCGUGUCGCUUGCUGGCUACACAUUUAGGGUGGCUGGUAUGAUGGAUGUGUUUGAGGAAACUGCCGUUGGAGUUUAUUGCAAGACAAGUGUAAUGGAAUUAAAUCUGUCGAACGGUAUUAUUGAGUUUCGUAAUGGCAAACCAAUAGCAAAGGGUCGGAUAAUCUAUUCAGAUGAUCCCGAAAAUAUGUCAAUAAGCCUUCGUGCAGUGCCAGUGGUGACACCCAACUGUGAUAUAGUUGUACCAAAACUUACAUUGUGCAUAGAACCUGGUGUGCAUUUGUUAAUAACUGGUCCGAAUGGAUGCGGAAAAUCGAGCUUGUUUAGAAUACUAAGUGGACUCUGGCCAAUAUACGCAGGGGAAUUGCAUAUACCAAGGCCUGUGAAAGACGUUCCAUGUAUGUUUUACAUUCCACAACGUCCAUACAUGUCAAUCGGGAGCCUAUGCGAUCAAAUUAUAUACCCUGACACGCGGGAAGAUAUGAAACGCAAGCAUAUAACUGAGAACGAGCUAAGAUCCAUUUUGAAAAUGGUCAGUCUGGAGCACAUUGCUCAACGGGAUAGCUUCGACGUUGUUCGUGAUUGGAAGGAUAUAUUAUCCGGUGGCGAAAAACAACGUAUGGCGAUAGCUCGCUUGUUUUACCAUAAACCGCGGUAUGCCCUUCUAGAUGAAUGCACGAGUGCGGUAUCUAUAGAUGUUGAAAGCUCGAUUUAUGAAAUUGCUAAAGGAAUGGGAAUUACUUUGUUAACCAUAACCCACAGGCCUACUUUAUGGAAAUAUCACACCCAUAUUUUGGAGUUUGACGGCCUGGGAAACUGGCAGUUUAGAAAAAUGGAUGGAGAUGAAGAACAAAAGGAUCAAUUUCUAUCGUAGUACCUUCUAAAUGCUUAACUCGUCUCGGCUAAUCGGAGCUUAUAUACCAUAGCGGUUUCCAAAAAUCGUACUCAUCAAGAUCGUAGGCACAACAGUAAAGGAAUACAGUCUUCCGAUGUAUAAGCGUCAGACCUUCAAAAUCCUAAUUACAUUUACGUCCAUAUAAUAA